UAAUAUCUGCUUUUCUAAUACGCUAUCUCUAAAACCUGCGCAUUCUUCAUCUACAACGACCUCUCGGUGGUGAUAUCGUCGCCUGAGUUGCCGGACCGUAUCAUCCUGGUCAUUGCUGACGUUGCCGUCAGCGGCAAUGUUCUGCUGAGAAAUGAUGAGGUUUUGAAGGCGCAGGAAGCGCUAUUGUUGGUGUUCGAUAGGAUCCUCGAUGUGGCAGCGGAGACGGAGGGUGUCGACGUCGGUGACAUGCUGAUGUCUUGCCGGCUUGUGGCGGAGGCUGCGCAAGCCGGCUCUGUCAUCGGCAAAGGCGGUAGAGUGGUGCAGAUGACCAAGAAGAACACUGGAUGUAAAAUUAGGGUUUUAACCGAUGAUUUGCCACUUUGUGCCUCCUCUUCGGAUGAAAUCAUUGAGGUUCCACGCUUGGUUCGGAUGCAUUCCAAUGAGAUGGAUGGAGACCCUUUUUCCUGCUUUUUUGCCUUGUUUAACUUUCUCAGGUUUCAAGCAGAGCCACCAACAAUAGUUGUUGCAACAAUUGGGAGUUUAUGCCAAAUGCUUGAAAGACAUAUUUUUUCGCUUGAAACUGUGCGCGUGCUGAUUGUUGAUGAGGGGAGUGGGUUAUUUGCAUGAAAAUAUGCCAUCACCCAUUGUUCACCGUGAUCUUGAACCUUCCAUUGCAGAUUUUUUCAAAGAACUUCCACAAUUUGUUGUUAAGGCUGGUCCAACUUUAAGUAUGGAACAUAUUGGGAAAACAGGCUGGAGGUAUUGACUAAGUAGAGACUCAUGGUUGCAAAGUUUAUGGCCUUGCUUUUCUUUUUUAAUUAAUCCCUAGAAUAGUUUUCUAUUAAACCAUUGUUUAUGUUGGUAUGUAUACUAGGCGAAGGAGAUACAUGCCAAUGUUAUUCACUUAAAGAUUCUUAGCAAACCUUUUGCAUACAUUUUUUUGAUUUAUAUCUAAGGUGCUCAUUGUUAUUCAUUAA